AUGGCGCCUCCACGGCCCAUUCCGCCGGUCGCGGCCUGGGCGGUCGUGAUGACAACCGUGAUCGCUGCCGCUCAUGCUGCCAUCGAAUUUGAAGUCGCCUCUUGCGGUGCCAUGGGCCGCAUUGGCCCAACCGAUGAUGCCUGCAUCAACUACUAUGGCAACAGUUCCUGGUUUGGGGGCAUCACUGGCUUUGGUGUCCAAACGAUCAAGAUCCCGACCGCCGGCAUGUGGCGCAUCGAGGCUUACGGUGGUCGUGGUGGCAGCCGCGGCGGCGGUACUGACUCACAGUUCAACGUGGGAGGCAAUGGUGCCCAAGUUUGGGGCAUCUUCUCCUUCACCGAGGGCGAAGAGUUGCAGGUUGUUGUGGGCCAGAGUGGCAACUUUUUCUCUGAUCGCGAUGCUUCCCAAACCGUGUCGGCCAAUUUGGGCGGUGCAGGCGGUGGUGGAACCUUUAUCUUCCGUGACAACGCCCCUGCCCCUCUCCUCGUUGCUGGUGGCGGCGGUGGUGCCUCUCACUACUCAAGCACGUAUUAUGGCUACCCGGGCCGCGCCGAUGAAGCGGGUCGUUCCUCGAGUGCCGGAUAUGCCGCACUGGCGUGCUCUCACGACAGCAAACCUACAGGCGGCAAGAACGGGGCGGGUGGACAAGCUACCGAGAACAGUUAUUUCGGUGGUGGUGCCGGUGCUGGCUGGCUAAGCGAUGGUCUUUGCUUGACCGAUGGCAACGCCCACAUGUGUGGCAUGUCUCGCCUCAGCGGCUUCCUCGGUGGCCGCCCAGGUCGCGCUGGUGGCGCUGAAGGCGGCUUUGGUGGUGGUGGCGGCAGCCUGGAAGAAGGCGGCGGUGGUGGCGGCUACUCUGGUGGUGGUGGUAGCCCCGGAUCCGGUUCCUCUUAUAGCGCCGGUGGUGGUGGCGGUUCAUACAGGAGCUCGGAAGCCCUACUCUCAGAUUGGACCAUGGGGGGCAACGAUCAGGAAAAUGGUCGCGUCGUCUUUCGCCAAGUCUCCUCGGAUGAUUUUCUCCUCACCAACUGCGGAGCUCAAGGCUCCGCUGGUCCCUCAACCGCACAGUGCUUGACCCACUACAACAAGCUAACAGACUACACCGCGUUUUACAAGACCACCACGGCUGGCGUGCAAACCAUCACCAUCCCUCAAUCUGGCUGGUGGAAAAUCACGGCUGCUGGUGCCUCGGGUGGUCGUGCCCGCUCAGAUGAAAGUCAAAAUUACGAGUGGUAUCGUCGCGGCAAGGGUGCCAUCGUUUGGGGCACACAUUGGUUUGCGGCUGGCACCGAACUGAGCGUGGUUGUUGGACAGCACGGCCGAGAGCCCAAUCGCAUGCUUAGUACCUCGUGUGGCGGCGGCGGCGGCGGCGGGUCAUUUGUUUGGCUUGGCGACGCGAACGAGCCCAUUAUUGCCGCGGGAGGUGGUGGUGGCGCUUCGUAUGCUAGCGCUGCUUCCGGUUACUGGGGCUUGCCUGGUGUCGCCAGCGAAUGCGGUAGUCGCGGCAGUUACUCUUACAUGGCAAGCGAAGGCGGUUGCACCGGUCGUGGCGGUUACGGUGGCGCUGUUGCAACGGCAUACACCAGCGGCGGCGGCGGUGGCUUCCGUAGCGGUGCAACAUCCAACUACUAUCCUGAGAUGGGUGGUUCAGGCAAAGACAACGGCUUUAUUGGUGGCCUUGGUCAAGACAUUUCGUCUUUAGCUAGCAACCCAGGCGGCUUCGGCGGUGGUGGUGGUGCCUGCUACGAGGGUGGCGGUGGUGGUGGCUACAGUGGUGGUGGUGGUAACACUUACACCAGUAACACGGGUCAUGGCGGCGGUGGCGGCGGUGGUUCAUUCAUUUCUGGCUUCAGCACUGGUGGUGUUGAUGGCGGCAACUUUUUGGACCAUGGUUACGUUCGCUUUCAGAUGGUAGACAUGCCUGCCGAUGCAACCCGCAACUUGACCAUCCUGACGCCUUGCGGUGCACAGGGCCGCACUGGCCCAUCCUCGCAAGAUUGCCAGCAAACCUACACGCCACUGCGGGAUCAGCUUGGCCUGUACUCUAGCGUGACCUCUGGCAUUCAAACUAUUGAAAUCCCCGUCACCGGCUUUUAUCGCAUGACAGCGUACGGUGCCAAGGGAGGAGAUGCUGUGGCCGAUUACUUGCGUCAAGGUGGCAAGGGUGCCAUGAUUUCGGGUGUCUAUCAUUUCACUGCUGGCCAAAAUCUGCGAGUUGUCAUUGGCCAGAACGGCCAGUAUCGUCAGACCCACAACUUGAACUCUGAUGUCGGCGGUGGCGGCGGUGGUGCAACUUUUGUUUGGGACCCUACCCUGUGUGAUACAGGGGACUGCACACCCCUGCUUGCUGCUGGCGGUGGCGGCGGUGCCUCCUAUGCCAACAACUAUUAUGGCGGUGAUGCGCCUCAGGGUGCCUCGGGAGACAAUGCGGUCCCGACUGGCGGAAGCGGCGGCGUUGAUGGCAAUGGUGGCGAACAGCCCAAUCAGGGCAGCAAUGCGGCCGGCAGCGGCGGUGCUGGCUGGCGUUCCGACGGCGUCUGCUUGACCGGCUAUGAGACCCGCUGCGGCAAGGCCUAUCCAACAUUUACUGGCGGUGUUGCCGCCUCUAGCACCAUUUAUCACGAAGGUGGUUUUGGUGGCGGCGGCAGUGGUGGCAGCCAAGGAUCCGGUGGCGGUGGCUGGUCUGGAGGUGGCGGAGGCUACCACACGCAUGGUGCUGGCGGUGGUGGUGGCAGCUUAAUCACUGGUGCAAUCGGCGAGACAGUGCAUUCCCUCAGCCCCUAUGACGAUGGUCGCUUGGAAGUUGCCCUCCUGACACCUUCGAUGCUCAACAACCUGACACAGCUCAUCUUCACCCCUUGUGGUGCUCAAGGUCGCACGGGACCUUCGGCCGUUGACUGUCGUGCAGAGUACACAGACUCGCAGACCGAGGCCGCGCUCACACCGCUGAAGGAGCUGCGGGUGGCCGGCCACGUAUCCCAGAAGUCAGGCACAAUCCUCCAUGUGCUGGUUGGACAGCCGGGCAACCACCGUAGCACUGAUGGUGGUGCAAACUGGGGUGGCGGUGGCGGCGGCGGUACCUUUGUGUGGCGCCAAGACAACGCAUCUGUUCCGCUCCUAGUUGCUGGCGGUGGUGGUGGUGGCAGUGGCUAUAGCAACUACAAUGGCCGCCCUGGUCUUGGUGCUGGGAACGGUGGUGCCGCGUUGCCGUCUGGCGGGGCCGGUGGCACGGGUGGUGUUGGUGGAAUUGCUCGUACCACGAAUGCCUAUGACGGUGGUGCUGGUGCUGGUUGGUAUGGCAAGGGCACUUGCAGCACCUACUCGGACUAUUGUGGCCACAGUCGCGACGAAGGGUUUUAUGGCGGCCUCAACACCUGGAACAACGGUUACUUUGAGGGUGGCUUUGGAGGAGGUGGUGCCGGCUCUUAUGAAGGCGGCGGCGGCGGCGGCUACAACGGUGGUGGCGGUGGCAGUUAUUCAAGCGGCAGUGGUGGUGGUGGCAGCUCUUACUCUAGCGGUUUGGUUCACGGUGCCAUUGCCGGCGCCAACACUGAUCGUCUUGAGGGCCGUUUGACCGUCGAGGAGCUUGACAACACCUUGGCUGAUAUCUUCCUGACUAGCUGUGGCGCCAAGGGUCGCUUUGGCCCCAACGAACAAGACUGCAGGAGCUACUAUGGUACUUCAGAGGCAGGCCGACUUCUUGACAGUGUCAUCGGCGGAGUGCAGCAGAUUACCAUUCCCGUGGCUGGCGUCUACACGAUUCGCGCAUACGGUGCCCGCGGUGGCAAUGCCCGCGAUGGUAACGCACUUUAUCGUGGUGGCCAUGGCGCGUAUGUUUGGGGCAAGUUCCGCUUGGCCAAGGAUUCCGUCAUUAACGUCGUCGUGGGGCAGCCUGGCACUGUUCCCGGCGCUGAUAACAGCUACACCACUGACAACGGUGGCGGCGGCGGUGGAGGCACUUUUGUCUGGCUCGAUGAAGAUGACGACGAACCCUUGAUUGUCGCUGGUGGUGGUGGCGGUGCUAGCUACAAUUCUUGGAGUCAAGAGUAUUGGGGACAGCCCGGUCGUGCCUCUACACGCGGUAGCGAUAGUCUUCCCUACGGUGGACAUGGCGGUCAACAUGGUUAUGGUGGUGUUGGUUACACCCUGGGCGGCUCAUUUGGCUCUGCUGGUGGUGGCGGUGGCUGGCGCGGUGAUGCCAUCUGCUUGUACUCUAGCCAGAUGUGUGGUUAUGGUCGACCCGGAGGCUUUGUCGGCGGUUUACCCUCGACUUCUACGACCGAAUACCUUUUUGGCGGAUUCGGCGGUGGUGGUGCUGGAUAUUAUGAAGGCGGUGGCGGCGGCGGCUACUCUGGUGGGGGUGGUGGUCGCCACUCCUCGCACGGAAACGGCGGAGGUGGCGGCAGCUAUGUUCGCAAUACUGCCCUUGAUUGGGGCUGGUCAGAGGGAGGCAAUGACUUGAUUGCUGAUGGCUUGGUGGUCAUUGAAGCCCCAUGCAGCGUCGGCCAGGAACUCGACGGCAAUCGAUGCGUGGACAUUGAUGCGUGCGAAACUUCGCCUUGUGCUUCUGUGGGUGCAACUUGUGUUGACCUGGAAGGCAUGCCCGGUGACUCGACUGGGCGUACUUGCACAUGUGCGGAUGGCACCGUUGAAACGGCCAACGGCGAGUGCCCGAGUGCCUGCCUGGCCUACCCCUGCACCGGCGACCACGAGACAUGUGUCAUCAGCAACAACCGACGCGCUUGUGUGUGCCAAGAUGGCUUCCGCAACGUCAGCGGCGCCUGCACAGACAUUGACGCCUGUAUUGACUUCCCCUGUCACCAAAGUGCCACCUGCACCGACCUUCCCAAUCGUCCCAACUCGGCGGACGGUCGCUCUUGCUCGUGCCUGGGUAAUCAGUAUGGUGACGGUGACAGCUGUAGCUGCGAGGCCGGUUUGGCUUAUGACUCCACCAAGCAACUCUGCAUGCCCAUCGAUGCGUGCAUCACAGCACCCUGUGGAAACUUGGCCACUUGUGCCGAUCGACCCGCUCCGGCAGGAGCGGGGACCGAUGGUCGCACUUGCAGUUGUCCCGAGGGCUACGGCCUGUCCGGUGAUAGCUGUGUCUCAAUCAAUGCCUGUAUCAACAAUCCUUGCGGCGCUCGGGCCAUCUGUGUUGACCUGGUUCCACCGGCUGAUGACUCGGUUCAGGGCCGCUAUUGCACCUGUGCCCCGGGCUACUAUCUCGACGGCGAAGACUGCAACCAGAUCGAUGCUUGCUCGGUUAACAAUGGUGGCUGCGGUGCGGAUCAGACGUGCACGGACCUGCCACCACCGGCAGGAUAUGAUGGUGCCAACUGCAGCUGCCCCUCGGGCACGACCUUCCGCUUGGGUGCAUGCCGCGAGGUGGACAGCUGCGUAGACUAUCCGUGCCCAUCGGGCAUGACGUGCACUGAUCGAUCGGCGCCGGCCCCCAUUGGUGCCAACGGCCGCGUUUGUGACUGUCCUGAUGGAACUACCAUCAAUGCCAACGGCGAUGGCUGUGAUGAGUACAACGCCUGCACCGCUUAUCCCUGCCAAGGCGCCGGCACUGUUUGCACUGACAUCCCUGAAGGUGCCAUUAAUGCCAACGGCCGCAUCUGUACAUGUGCCUCCGGUUACGAGUAUAACGAUAAUCUCAACAUCUGCCAAGAUAUUAACGCUUACAUCACUGGUGGACCCGACGGCAUUGCUGGUCGCACCUGCAUUUGCCCCACCGGAUAUGUCGCCACUGCAGAUGGCACUACCUGCAACGACUAUGACGCUUGCGCCGAGCUGCCGUGUGGCUCUGGCGCCACCUGUACCGACCUACCCGCGCCCUCAAUGACCCGUCGCUGUUCGUGUGCAACCGGCGUGAACUACGACUAUGCAUCUGAUCAGUGCAUCGAGGUGGACGCGUGCCAAACAGUGCCCUGUGAUACCAAUGCAGUUUGCCGCGACAAAGCUGGCGGUGCCAACGACUACACGGGGCGAUCUUGCGUCUGCAAAGAAGGCUAUCGUGGUGAUGGAGAAAUUUGUGUCAAAGAGACAUCCUUCAACGUCACCAUCAACCGAGGCAACGGCAACAACAAUAACAACAACAACAAUCCCGACGAUGACGACGGCAACGCGAAUACCAAUGAUGACGAUGAUGCUGACGCAGCUGCCACGACCAGAAAGAGCGGUAGCAGCGGCGAUUCAGACACGGCUGCCUCAUCGGGUGGAAGCUCAUCUGGCAUGGAUCACACUCCAAUCGCUGUAGCUUUGAUUGUUGUUGGUGUUCUUCUGGCCGCUGCCAUCUUGGUGGUUAUUUUGCUUGUGAACCGCCGCUCGGCCAACGCAAACAUGUACCGACGACUCGACAAUGGCAUGCAGGGUGGGAUGGUCUUCCCAAACAGCAUGCCGCCGCCGGAGCCGAUGAACUACCAUUUUGAUGUGUGCUUUGUCAAGUUGUCAAGUGCUGGCAAAACAACACGCCGCGUCCUGUUGCGCAAACACACGGACAAUCAGACGGAAUUGACACGCAUUGCCAAAGUAAUCUUGUUGUAA